GGCCGGAAGGCACCAGCACUGGUCAAGCGGCUCAUAGCCAUGACUGGACUAUGUUGACAGUGACCCCAGUGUAUUCAACGGAACACUCCGACCGUUCAUUCACCACUCUAUCACCAUUCAAAUUUGGGCUGCUUCCGAGUCUGCAUGCUGUUCUACGCACUUCGGACUGUCUUGGGCCCCGAACUUCUCCACCACCGCCCAGGACACCGCAGUCUUCCUGUGCUACUGGGCUGCCAACGCUGCAGUAUUACGUGGCUAUGCGGGGGAAACCAUACCCAGUGUAUGGCUUCGUGGCAGUGGCACGCCGUUGGCAAGAGGAGCAUGUUAUGCGGCGGUGCAUUUACGAGACUUCCGCUCUGCAGCGCCGAUUCCCCGAUUAAAUACCGCAUGUCCGGUGUCCGCCAUCUCGAGGACGACAUGCCGUGUACGUUCUGCCUCGUCGAGGUGGCGACCGCGCGCGACCUGAGCCCCCUGUAUCUCUCCCUUGUGUAUCUGCGCGUACGAUCCGGCAUAACGGCAGCAGUUGGAGUUUGGUGGACUUCACGACUCGCAGGAUUUCUUCUACAGCCCCCCCGAUCAUGCCAGCCUCAUCUCCGGAUCGGGCGUGCAACGGCAGUGCCCGCUUGCGUUCCAGUGGAUUCGCUGAACAUGCUACACAACGUUAUAUCUGUCUGGAAAGGCGCCCCUUCCUCAAAUGGAGUGCCGAUCUUGCGUGCCUUGACACAUUUGGGUCCGGCCACGGAAUCUCGAACGCAAUAUGCGAUACCAUAGCAUUCGGUGUUCACUUGCACGCAUUUCUGGCCUGGCUCUGACCACAUAUCAAUGUAGGAAUUUUUCGAGAACUCGAAGGCCGUAAGAUCGCCGUGUCCAUGCCACUGGCACCCGCUACACGGCACGUUACUCCAGAUUAUGCGGUUAGCCCCGUGGCUAUUGUGUCAAGGGCAGCUCGCGGACC